AUGGGCGGCGGUGGUCAAGUGGAUACGACUGUCAGCUCAAAUGCCAACACUGCAUUAUAUACAACCUUCGCCAUCGGUGGCCUUAUCGCGGGUGGUCUGGUAAAUGUAAUUGGUCCAAAAAUGGCAUUGGCAAUCGGCGGAACUGGAUAUGUGUUGUAUUCGGGAUCGUUGUUGGCAUAUAACCACGAUGCAAACAGGCCGUUUGUUAUAGUUGCCGGUGGACUUUUGGGAUGCUGCGCUGCAUUACUGUGGACGGGCCAAGGAGCGAUAAUGUUGUCUUAUCCGCUGGAAUCAAACAAAGGGACAUACAUUAGUAUUUUCUGGGCCAUUUUCAAUUUAGGCGGUGUAAUUGGUAGUAUUAUUCCAUUAGCUCUGAACUGGAAUUCACCAUCCGGCACCGUCAAUGACGGGACCUACAUAGGCUUCAUGAUCGCAAUGGCAUGUGGAGUACUUGUCGCCUUGCUUCUACUGCCGCCCUCAAAGGUGUAUCACGACGAUGGAUCUCCAGUAGCCCUUCAAAGGUACCCAGACUGGAAAGAGGAAACGAUAGGAGUUCUGAAACUAUUCACGGAUUGGAGAAUGUUGUGCCUGACACCCAUGUUUUUAGCUAGCAACUGGUACUACGCUUACCAGUUCGACGCGGUAAAUGCCUUUUACUUUAACAUCCGAACAAGAGCCUUCAACAACUUGUGGUAUUGGUUCGCGCAGAUCGUCGGUGCAUUACUUUUUGGUAAACUUCUCGAUCUGGCCACCCUUAAUCGGCGCACUCGCGGAUUUUAUGGUUUCGUUGUACUCUCUGUAAUAAUAACCGCAACUUGGAUCUGCGGGCUGUUUUUCCAACUCUCGUUCAAACGAUAUCCGGCACUUGCAGAAAGCGAGAAAAUGGAUCUUUUCGAUAAAGGCUAUGGAUCAAAGUUGACUUUGUAUCUUGCGUACGGGUUGAGUGAUGCUAUGUUCCAGUGUUAUGCAUAUUGGCUCAUGGGAGCGUUGACGAAUGAAACGGCCCUUUUAUCACGAUAUACAGGUUUCUACAAGGGAGUCCAAUCAGCUGGUGGUGCUAUCUCUUGGCGUAUCGAUGCGGUUAAUACAAAUUUCCUUGCCGAAAUGAUCAUCUCUUGGGCAAUGAUCACGAUUGCUUUCCCUGGUAUGCUGUACGUCGUACUAAGGAUAAAAGAUACUAAUUACGUUGCGGAUCGAUCGCCAAAGGAAGAGAAGGCGGUGACUGUAGCAGAGAAGCAAACCGCAUGA